AUGAAAGGAGUUAUUUGGAAUGUUCAGAAUACAGCUCAAGGAAAAUAUUGUUAUUCUUAUGAAUCGCUUAACAUCCCAGAGCUAAAGAAAGGUAACUGCCAGCAAAUCAAGAACGCCACUUCUCAACAUUGGUUAAAAGCUGACUGUAAAAUAAGAAGUUCUCGGGAAUACCAGAAACGUGACUUUACUCAGUGUUUACAGUUGUGGUGUGAUUAUUUUUCAAUAUGCCUUCAUCAAACAACCGAGUGGAAAAACUAUUGCUCCUUAAAGUUUUAUAGACUCCGUUCAUCUUUCUUCGAUAUAAGUACAGGGGAAGGAGUGAAUGACGUCUCUCACUUCAAACACGUUUACGUCAAGUAUUGCGGUAUACCAAAAUACGGAAGAAACUACUUUUUGAAGACAUUCGCCAUCAGGAUUACCUCCAUAGAAUGCCAAUCGAGAAAAACAGGAAAAGUGCCCCCAUGUUUGAACACCGCGUUAUGGAAACAGAGUUCCAAUACCUGCAAUUACCUGAAAAAUGGAACAAACAACAUCUGGUACACAGUUGGUUUGGGUUAUCAUUCUUCACUGAGAUGGUGCGAUGCAUUUCGGAACUGUUAUGGGUCUAACGAUCUCAGAAAUCGGUGCCGUCGUGAUUUUGACUUUUACUUUCGAUUUCCACCAACUUUUACAGUAGAAAUACUCAGUUAUUUACCUCACACACGGAUCCAGGUCAAUUACGUUUGUAGCGGUCGUUACAUCUUUGCUGUUAAUGUGAUUCGGUGCAACUCUGAAUCAAAACUAAAUGACAGUUUAGUAGUAAAGAAUGAUAACGAUGAUAGUGAUGAUGACAAUGCUGAAGCUCCACAGACUUUGAACUCUCAGGUACUGAACGCCAUUGGCCUCCUUGACAUUGAAAGAGAGGGAUCCAUCCAGAGCGCUUUGGAUGCGUUUGAGGAGACACUCUCCAAAUUUUCUAAUGGCACGUUUGGGAAUCAAACAGAGGAGGAAAAAAUGGAGGCGGUUUUUCAAGCUACAUACACUUUAGAACAAUUCGUGUUGGAGUAUGCUCAGUAUCACCUUGAUAAAACAACACCCAACCUUAGCAUUAACAGCCAAGAAAUCGAUUUGGAAAUCAGACGUGUUUACCAUCAAAAUGAGAGUGAUUUUGGUCUCCAGGGGCCUGAAGGACAGAACUUCGUUAAAAUUCCAUCGGGAAACUUUCAGAACGGUUCAGAAGUAGUUAUGGGAGUUUUAUACAAAAGUCUUUCUAAAAUGCUUUUGAUUGAUGAUAUUUACACCAAAGAGGCGACUAACAAAAGCAGGCAUCUCAACACGAUCGUAAUAUCUGCUACAAUCAUUCCACCUCCCACGAGGCUGACGCAUAAUGUUACGUUAAUGUUCAGGAAUUUUCAG